AUGGGCAAGAAGACCUCUCGCCCUUCGACCAAGGUCGGUACGGCUGCGUCGCCAGCCGGCGGUCUCGCUGGUACUAGCAGCAAAUCGUCUAUCCUGCGAGCUGCUUUCUCCCCGUCGGAAUACCAAUUGGCCCUGUUCGCAUCGGUCAUCCAGGGCCUGGAUGCGCAGCACCUCCGAAUCCACGAUGUCAACACCGGCCGUCUACAAUGCGAACAUGCGCUGGGACCCAAGGAGACGGUCACUUCGCUGGAUUGGGGAUAUUUCGGAGGCAAGAACCGCGACCAGUCGAAGAAGAAGCGCAAGCGUGGAUCUGAUGUGAACGGUGCGGUGGACGGAUUGGAUCAGGGCGACGUUGUCGUUGCGAUUGGUACUAGCAGCUCUGAUAUCCGGAUGUUUUCUCCAUCAGAGGAUAAGAUUGUCGGUACUCUUACCGGUGCGCAUGACAAGGGUAUCAAGGACUUCAAGUUUACCGCAGAGAAGCCGGCUCAAGAGGCCUGGAGUAUUGGUGGUGAUAAUAAGCUUGUUCAGUGGGACCUGCGCACUGGGCAGAGCGUAAGGACAAUUCACCUGCCCGACUCCUCAACUUUCUCCGCUAUCUCUCGCCCCGUCUCCUCCAGCACACCCGUCGUUUGCGCAUCUCAAACCCCCUUCCUGAUCGACGUGGAGAACUCCGAAGAGCAACCCGCCAAGUUCCCUGCGAUGCGCAACCAGAUUCACACCGUCAUCUCAUCAUCGGGCUCAUUCCUCGCCGCCGACGGUGAGCGCUUCAUCAACGUUUUCGAGACCUCCAGCCAAAAGCUCGUACGGAAUCUUGUCGCCGACCAGGAUGUUUCCUUCGUCUCGCUCCUUGACAACACUACUCCCGAAAAGCAGAUCCUUGCCGCCGUCACCGACGACGGCACCAUCGAGUUCUUCACGAAACCCUUCGCUCCGGCCCCCGCCGCUACUGCCAGCGCCAAGGCCAACCGGAAACAGAUGACCCAGAAGGCGAAUGCGUCUCUCAAGGUUCUGCGUACUGGUGACUCAGAUGCCUGCGUUUCCGUGGUAUCAACCUCGUUCGUUGGUCCCGAGAUCGUUGUCGCGUACGCCGAGGGUGGUGUGAUCCCCGUUUUCCAGCGUGUGAAGCUGCUCGAUGAGACUACUGAGGAGCUGUCAUUCACAGGACUCAAGGCCGUUGUCAAGACCAAGUCCAGCUCUGCUAUCGCAUCUGCGACUUUGAAUGGUGCGAAGAAUGCCGGCGAGGGUCGGGUGGAUGAGACGCAUGUUAUCGUCGAGGCUGGUAAUAUUGUGGAUAAUGACGUUGAGAUGAAUGAUGACGAGGCUGGCUCCGUUGAAGGCAGCGACGUGGAAUCUGAUGUUGAGGACUCUGCCAAGCCUACCAGCGAGAAGAAGACCAAGUCUGCUAAGCAGGCUGCUCCCGCUGACGAGGACGUCGACAUGGAGAGCGCUGCGUCAGAUGACGAGGAAGAGGAAGAAGAGGAGGGUGCCGAGCCCUCAUUCGGUGAGAUCAUGCGCGCCAACGCUGGUCAAGAAGUCGAUGUCGAGGCCGAGAUGGACGAGGACAACCUUAUGGGUGCUCUUGUCCCUGGAAAGCCCACAGCCGCCAUCCAACAGAUCCCCACUGGCGUGUCGCUCGCUACCGUUCUCACCCAGUCCCUGAAGACCAACGACAAGGACAUGCUCGAGUCCUGCUUCCACACCGCCGACACCUCCAUCAUCCGCACCACCAUCCAGCGCCUCGAGUCUCCCCUGGCCGCCACUCUUCUCCAGAAGCUCGCCGAGCGUCUCUCCUCCCGACCCGGUCGCUAUGGCCACCUCCUUGUCUGGGUGCAGUGGACCUGCGUUGCCCACGGUGGCGCAUUGGCCGGCCACCCAGAGCUCCUGAACCGCAUGGCCACACUAUACAAGGUGAUGGACCAGCGCUCGUCAAGCCUGCCCUCUCUGCUCCUGCUCAAGGGUAAGCUGGACAUGCUAGACGCACAGCUGGGUCUGCGCCAGUCAAUCCGCGGCGGCGACGAGAUGGACAGCGAGGAUGAGGACAACGUUAUCUACGUUGAGGGCGAAGAUGAGGAAGACGACGAGGCUAAGCCGCGGACCAAGUCUAUCCGUGACUCCGCCUUCGAGGAAGAGGACGAGUCUAUGAUGAACGGUAUGGACGAGUCCGACGACGACGAGGAUGAAGAUGAUGAGGAUGACGAGGAUGGUUACGAGGGUGUCCUUGACAUCGAGGCCGAGGAGUCUGCCGGCUCUUCCGAUGCCGAGGAAUCCCUGGAGGAGAACGAGGAUGACGAGGACGAGGACAGCGAGGGCUCGUUGGUGGACUUUGUUGCCGAUACUGAGGAUGAGGAGUCCGACGAGGAGAUGAUCGAGGCCCCUCCACCUUCGAAGAAGGCCAAGACUCUUUCGGGCAGGAAGAAGGGUGGAAAGAAAUAA